GGCGUUCAAUGACCUGCUCGCUUAUCAACAGAUUUGGCAAUACCGGCAACAGGAAUGAAUAUACAUCAAGUCAGCUACUGUCAAAUCUCUAAUCGGAAUCGGCGGUCUCUUGUUUUUUUCACGCACCUCCAGCAUUUUACAAAUGCCGAUUGUCGGCUUUUAACUGGAGGAAAUUAUCGUGAAAUUUUUUGAAAAUUAAAUUAUUAGCAAAGUGGAAAAUAUUGGUUCUACCGGAAAAUGGCUAAUGUGAACGUGGAUAGUAUAAUUCUGUACUCGAUUUUGGGGUUCCUGGUACUCGAGAAUGCUUUCGAAAUUUACUUGGGGAUAAGACAGAUUGAUUUGAUUAAUAAUACGAAAACCGUUCCAAUUGAACUUCAAGAGGAAAUGACAUGGGAUUAUAUUCUAAAUCGAAAACGAACUGCCAUAAGAAGCAUUACCACGAAGAUCAUUAUCAAAGGAGUGUACUGCUCCAUUCACGCAAUUGAGCUAUAUUUCGGAUUAGUUACCGCCAUUUGGAUAUUAUUCAAAAAAUUGUGGCAAAAAACUAAAUCAUGUCAAAAUGAGUAUUGUCUGACUGUUGGCUUUUUGCUAUGCUGGGGGACAUAUCGGUUUCUGUUAAACAUCCCGGCCAAUGUUAUAACCAAUCUGUACGCAGUCCAACAGAAGCAUCCGUUGACCACUAUAUCGUCAUCCGUUCUAAUUUAUUUAUGGGAUACGGUGGCUGUUGUAGUUUUCGGGGUAUUCGUUGUGUAUAUGAAAGGACGCAUGGGGAAGUUCUAUUAUAUGUUUAUAUCUCUAGUAGAGAUCGCUUGCAGAUACAUUUUGUUAGUGAUAUCAUUUCACCUGCUACUCCCGAUUUCUGAAGAGCAUGAAAAACUGCCCGACGGCCCUGUUAGGGAUAACAUCACAAAACUUGCCAAAUCACAAGGUUUCAAUAUGGAAAAAUUUGUGGUGGCCAAUACAUAUGGUAUCGCUAACCACGAUUUCAAUGCGUAUACGAUUGAAACUUUGAUUUCACGUCGCAUCGUCCUUUCCAAAAGGUUUUUAAUCUACGAAAGCGAAGGGAAAAUAUCAGUUAGAGAGAUUUGUGCCAUAGUCGCACACGAACUGAAUCAUUGGAAAAAAAGUCAUUCAUUGCUCAGUCAGCUUGAACUAUUUGUGAAUGUUUUUAUAACGAACUAUAUUGCAUUGGGCCUUCCGAGCCAUUUCGAUGUGUUCUACUUCCGUUUCCCGCAAGAUGAAAGGCCGAUAAUGGCUGCUUAUACUUAUGCAAUCAAUUAUUGUAGCCUCCCUUUCGUGUUUACAUACAAAAUGAUAAGCCUCUGUAUCUCGAGACUGAAAGAAAUCGACUCAGAUAAUUUUGCGGCAUGCCUUGGAUUCGCUAAAGAUCUGAUUAAAGCGCUUGUGAAAAUAACAAUCUGGUCCUAUAGCUUCCCCUUAACCGAUCCUAUCUAUGCAAGCAGAUAUUUCACACAUCCACCCUUGCUUGAAAGAGUGCGGAAUCUGCAGAAUUACAGGAACACUACAUACUUCUAGGAAGUGAAUCGUGAUAGGGAAUCGCUUACGAGAUAUUUUAGAAAAUGCUGGUCUGUAUCUUAUUUAGUUUCAAUUUUUCAAGGCAAAUCGUAGAACCUAAUUCGACUCAUUUUUCACUAUAUAUACAAGUUAAGAGAACCUAUAAAUUAAUUUUCCAAUCGAAUUUAA